AUGUCCAGAACACCAAAGGUUAGUCCCGAAGUCUUCCCGAAAGCGACGAUGGCUUCGAAUUCAGUUGACGCUCAUUUCCAUUUGUUGACAGGAAGGGGCGAUAACUCGUAUAAACCUAAGAAGACAAAGGUCGCCAGGGCUAUGACAGGAAUCGCAGGAGUUGAUUCGACGUACCCAUUGGACCACCUACUGUCUAUAUCUACCUACCUUCUGGGUGACACUCUACAAUUCGACUCCGACGAUGAGGCCUGGCCUGGUGAGACCAACACCAAAAGCCCAAAGAAAAGAUAUAAGGCUAUAGUGCAGGAAGGGCUCCCGGAAUUGCUACAAUCAGAAGAUACGCCGAGCCGGCCAGGAAAGCAGAACAAUUCCACGCCCAUAUUGUGCAACGAACUAGACAUAUCCCAGUUCCCAUAUCCCAGUUCCUCCGACUAA